AUGUCCGCACGCACACAGCCCCCCAAACGCCUUGUGGAGCUCCGGCUUCUGCCUAUGGCUGGCACAACUCCAGCCGUAUCCCGGUGUGCCAUCUCCGCCCGGCACUGCAGUUUUGGUCAUAUGAGCAAAAAUGAUGGGAAGGGCCCUUUCCCUUCCUCUCGCUCUCUCCCCCCCCCUGUCCCGCCUUCUUCUAAUCUUUUGGUCCUUUCCCUCCCUCUGUUUCUUCCAACAGUUGCAAGGAUGGCUAUGACGGACGUGCUCAGCGCUGACGAUAUCAAGAAGGCGGUGGGAGCCUUUGCAGCUGAUGAGUCUUUUAACCACAAGAAGUUUUUUAAGAAGGUGGGGUUGAAAGAGAAGAGCCUUGAAGAUUUGAAGAAAGUUUUCAAUAUUCUGGACAAAGAUAAAAGUGGCUUCAUUGAGGAGGAAGAACUAAUGUUUAUUUUGAAGAGCUUUUCCCCUGACGGCAGGGAACUGUCUGAUAAGGAAACCAAGGCAUUGUUGGCCGCUGGAGAUAAAGAUGGGAAUGGCAAGAUUGGUUUUAAUGAAUUCUCAACCUUGGUGGCCGAAUCAUGAAGGCUUUGACCAAACUCAGCACUUCAUCUACCCUUCACCACCUGAUUCCAGCUAUUUUUUGCUGACUUCCUUGGUUCUUCUUCUGUUUACUUAUGUUGUUUUAUAUUCCAGCUUUGUUCUCUGCAGCCCUGUAACUCUGUAAUUGUGCUGAAAGAUGUUAAAAUAAUAAAGGUCAUAUCAAUCUGGGCUCCAUUCUCCCUGCCUUUU